AUGGAGAUGGUGAAGAUGAUCUCUGUAUUGAGAAUUUUGGCAUUUCUAGCUCUGGUUAUAGGCUUCAAAGCAGCAGAAGAGUAUGAUUACACUGGUGCAAGGGGACCUUCUCAUUGGGGGGAUCUCAAGGAAGAGUGGAAAACAUGUGGUGAUGGCCGACAACAAUCUCCGAUUGAUGUGUUGAAGAGAAAUAUAGAGAUAUCUCCCAAUUUAGGAGAGUUACAGACGAGCUAUAAAGAAGCCAAUGCGUCUCUCAAGAAUAAUGGCCAUGACGUUAUGUUGAGAUGGGCAAAAGGAGCAGGCAGUAUUCAAGUCGAUGGGGUUAACUUUACUCUCCGACAAUGUCACUGGCAUUCUCCUGCCGAGCACCUUAUUGGUGGCACAAGAUAUCCUUUGGAAAUACAUAUGGUGCAUCAACCAGCAGAUAACAAAACAGUGGUUAUUGGAAUUUUGUACAAGUAUGGAAAACCUGAUACAUUCCUUGCACAGGUACUUCCAUUCAUUUCAGAGGCAGAGGAGAGCUUGGGAAUGAUAGAUCCCAAACAUAUAAAGUUUGGGAGUAGGAAAUACUAUACAUACACUGGCUCUUUCACAACUCCUCCAUGUACAGAAGGAGUCACCUGGAUCAUUAUACAUAAGGUGAGAAGUGUGUCAAGAGAUCAAGUGAGAAAUUUGAUAGCAGCAGUGCAUGAUGGUUUUGGAAAGAACGCACGACCAAUUCAAUCUGAAAAUGGACGUACUAUAGAACUGUAUAUGCCACAACAUGGAGCCUCGAAACAUAUUUGA